AUGUCCAUACACGUUGCUUCUAUCACCGCGCCUGUGAACAUCGCUACUUUGAAGUACUGGGGGAAAAGAGAUGCGGAUCUGAACUUGCCCACGAACUCUUCCAUCUCGGUCACGCUGUCGCAGGAUGACCUGAGAACGCUCACAUCCGCAGCUUGCAGUGCUCAAUUUACAGAGGACAAAUUGUGGUUGAAUGGCGAGGAGGAAUCUCUCGGGAGUAAACGCACACAGGACUGUCUUGCGGACCUGCGUCAGAUGAGGCAACAGAUGGAGCAGGCAGACUCCGCGCUCGAACCUAUGUCUCAGUGGAAGCUGCAUAUCGUCUCGGAGAAUAACUUCCCCACAGCAGCCGGGCUUGCGUCGUCCGCAGCCGGGUUUGCUGCGCUCGUCACCGCGAUCGCAAAACUUUACAGUCUCCCACAGGAUAUGUCUGAGCUGUCGAUGGUUGCCAGGAAGGGGUCCGGCUCCGCGUGCAGAUCGCUGUUCGGUGGGUUUGUCGCUUGGGAAAUGGGCCAGUUGGCCGACGGGACAGACUCCAAGGCGGUGCAGGUCGCCUCGAGGGAGCAAUGGCCAGAAAUGAAGGCGGUUAUUCUCGUCGUCAGCGACGAGAAGAAGGAUACCUCCUCCACGCAGGGGAUGCAACUGACAGUCAGGACCUCGGACCUCUUUCAAGAGAGGAUAAAAACGGUCGUCCCGCAAAGAUUUGACGAAAUGAAGCGCGCUAUCGUCGCGAGAGACUUCGAGAUGUUCGCAGAACUAACCAUGAAGGACUCCAACUCGUUCCACGCUACUUGCCUCGACUCGUACCCUCCCAUUUUCUACAUAAAUGACACCUCCAAGAAAGUGAUAAGACUGUGCCACGCAAUCAAUGCAUACUUCAACAGGAACGUCGUUGCCUACACCUUUGACGCAGGGCCCAACGCGGUCAUGUACUACCUACAGGAGAACGAAUCGAAACUUCUGCCCUUCUUCUACCCGUUGCUCUCGACCGUCGAAGGGUGGGGGACAAAAUUUACCGCUGAGACCCUCCAGGGGUUCGAAAACACUUUCAACACACAGUACAAGGCCGACUUCCCGGCGAUGUUGGACCCUAAACUUGCAGAGGGUAUAUCUAGGAUCAUCCCAACCCAAGUCGGCACGGGACCUCAAGAGACAAACGAAUGCUUGAUUGAUCCAGCGACUGGUCUACCCAAAUGA